AUGGUUGAGCCAUUCAAUGAUAUCGAGGCAUUGGCCCUUAUGGAGAUUCUUUAUGACAAAGCGAUUCAUUCACCAUCGGAGAUAACUCAGGAAGAGAAACAUGCUAUACUGGAAUGGCCAUCUUUGGAACAAAUGGAGGAGACAAGCCAAAAAUACGUUGGAAAGUCUUUGCAAGAUCUCAUUCAUACAGCGGUCAACGAUCCUCUCGCUCUCACGUAUGCGGAAUGCCGCUUGAUUGAUGAGGAUUUUCAGAUAUUCAAAGCUCUUGAUGCUUGUAAAUAUAAAAAUGACCGAAGGAAACUCAUGAUCGAGGAUCAGGACUUUUGGAACAAGUGGCAGCAGGCAAGAGCCGCUGUUUUAUCACCAGAUGAACUCAAGGCUCUUGAGAACGUCCGUGAGGUCUUUCUUGAGAAGGCAAAAGCUUACUCAAACCCCGCUGCAGAGAGAUACUGGACUCAUCCCCCGGAUUGGGUGCAGAGAAUCCUUGACCGUGAGGGUAAAGGCUGGGGAUAUUUGAUCUACCGUCCUUCAACCACUCUCGAGGAAGAAGGCACCAAGGAAGCGUGGAGAGCGUGCUGGGACCACUUGAUUGAACGGUUGAGGGAUUUCCCGCUCAUGGUUAUUGGCAGCCAAAAGAUUCAAGAUUCCAAGAUCCUUGAUUUUGUCGACUAUGAAGCGGAAAUGGGCGGGGUGGAUCAGCUUCGGAGGGACUUUCGCGACCGUCGUGAUCAAGGCGGUCUCAAACCAGGUGUUCUUUCGAAUGUAUUCAUCAAUGUGCCCACCGAAUGUCGAGAUGCCUAUCUGCAGCGAGAAGAUGGAUGUGCUUGGGUUUGGGCUAUUGAGCCUGACUGGUCAUUACCGGGCCCAGAUGCUGAUGGCUACGAUGGACGCGUUGAGGUUACCUGGAAUCAGCUGUUCAACAAAUUCUACGAUCUGAUGUCGACAGAAAAGGUCACCCUGAAGGCCAUCUGGGAAGAGUUCCAUGAGGUCAACGAGACGCUCCCCGAGCCAGUUCCUGGCUGGGCCUUCCCAAAAGUUCCAAAACGGGUUUGGCCGGAUAAUUGA